AUGCCCCAAGAGGAGGCCUUCAGCACCAGCCCCAACAUGGACACUUUUGAGAAUGAGCUCAAGGCACAGAUGGCUGCUAAACAGGCUAUGGAAAAAGAGAUGGAAGAGUUAAAAAAGGAGUUGGAGCUCUGUAAAUCACCGGAAAAGAAGCCAGAUAAUACAGCCGAGAUGCAGGCGCUCAAAGAUCAUGUUGCAUCUCUUGACAGCCAGCUGCAGGCUGAGAGACUAAGGGCUGAUGCCCUCAAAAAAGAACAGGAGGAAUUAAGCUGCAAGCUUCAGGAGAUUACCUGCCAGAACCUGAGGCAAGUUCACAUGUUGGAGGCAGAAAAACUGGCCCCGGAGCAGAAGGUAAAAGACCUACAGAAGGAUGUCUCAAGAAGUGCAGAGGAAGAAUCAAGCUGAAGGCUUCAAGAGACUGACAGCAAGGACUUGAAACAGGUUGAUUUGCUGGGGGCAGAGAAAGUUGCUCUGGAGCAGCAGGUAAAAGACCUGCAGGAAGAAGUCUCAAGAGGAGCAGAGGAGAUUUCAAUUGAUACCAUUAAAAUAAAGGAGCUCCAAGACUAUCUUCAGUCCUUCAAUGCUCAAAUGGGUACUGAAAGAUACUGGAACGUGGCCCUCCAGAAUGAUCGGCAGGACUUAUGCUUAAGACUUAAGUGUGCAGACCAGCUGCACACCAAGCAGGUUGAGCAGCCUGAGGCAGAGAAGCUUGCCCUGGAGCAGAAAGUGAAGGACCUGCAUCUUUGA